UCCUCCCGUGGGAUUACAAGUUCUCGCGAGAGCUCCGUGUUUUAUUCCUACGUAAUGUGCCGUGCUGCUUAUGGCGGCGCUGGUGAUAGUGCUGUGAGCUGUUGGGUAUGAAGUGUAACAGAACAGAAACUACCACCUGAAACCGCUGCUUCAAGUUCAGAUCAGUCAAGGAACAUCUGCCACAAUCGUAACUAAUAACACCAAAGAACUUGCGCUGAAGACACAACGCUUGAUCUGAAACAAGAAGUUUGUGCCUACCUAACAGCUACACAAGAGCACUUCCCAACGCUGCUAUUAGUCUUUGUUUUAUUCUCAGCGCUGUACUCUGCUUUUGCAUUGUGCAGCGGGAGUUGUCUUUCUUAGCUCGAUAGAUCAUUUUCUCACUGUCUCUUUUUAAAUACUAGCAACUGACAACCUUUUUGAAGCAUCUGCUGGCCGCAAGAAUUGGUAAAUACUACUGAAAGUGCAAUACCUGGUAUUUCAAGAAGCAUUAUAAAAUUAAGUUGAAUCAGGAAUAGGAAUAUGGCAAGCACCUGGAAAGAAUUUGUUGAAUUUUCCAUGCCGUCUUCUCCCCCUACUGCAUACGUUAGUGCCAACCUGGGCAAUGCAUCUCCUGUCGGACUGACUUUAUCACCUUAUGGCCGAUCAAUGAGCUUUGACCCAAAUCUUCUCCACAACAAUGGACAUAAUGGGUACCCAAAUGGUACUUCAGCUUUGCGGGAAACUGGCAUAAUUGAAAAAUUGCUUACAUCCUAUGGAUUUAUUCAAUGUUCAGAACGUCAGGCCAGACUCUUCUUCCACUGCUCACAAUACAAUGGAAACUUGCAAGAACUUAAAGUAGGAGAUGAUGUGGAGUUUGAGGUUUCAUCGGACAGACGUACUGGCAAGCCAAUUGCUGUAAAGCUGGUAAAGAUAAAGACUGAAAUUUUGCCAGAAGAAAGAAUUAAUGGACAGGUUGUUUGCGCUGUGCCUCAGAAUUUGGAGAGCAAGUCUCCAGCUGCUCCGGGUCAGAGUCCCUCAGGGAGUGUGUGUUACGAACGCAAUGGGGAGGUGUUUUAUUUAACCUACACCCCAGAAGAUGUCGAUGGAAAUGCUCAGCUAGAAACUGGAGAUAAAAUUAAUUUUAUUAUUGAAACAAACAAGCACACUGGUGCAGUAAGCGCUCGAAACAUUAUGCUGCUUAUGAAACGGAAGCAAAUGCGUUGUCAGGGUGUGGUUUGUGCCAUGAAGGAAGCCUUUGGAUUUAUUGAAAGAGGGGAUGUUGUAAAGGAGAUAUUCUUUCACUACAGUGAAUUUAAAGGAGAUCUUGAAGCCUUGCAACCAGGCGAUGAUGUGGAGUUCACUAUUAAGGAUCGAAAUGGCAAAGAAGUAGCAACUGAUGUAAGGCUUCUACCUCAAGGAACUGUUAUUUUUGAAGACAUCAGCAUCGAACAUUUUGAAGGAACGGUUACCAAAGUUAUCCCUAAAGUUCCUUAUAAACAACAGAAUGACCCCCUUCCAGGACGGAUAAAGGUUGAUUUUGUUAUUCCUAAAGAACUUCCAUUUGGCGAUAAAGAUACAAAGUCUAAGGUGACCCUUUUAGAAGGAGAUCAUGUGCGGUUCAACAUAUCAACCGAUCGAAGGGACAAACUUGAGCGUGCCACAAACAUUGAAGUGCUCUCUGAUACGUUCCAGUUUACAAAUGAGGCCAGAGAAAUGGGAGUCAUUGCAGCAAUGAGGGAUGGUUUUGGUUUUAUCAAAUGUGUUGACCGGGAUGCUAGAAUGUUCUUUCACUUCAGUGAAGUCCUGGAUGGAAAUCAGCUCCACAUUUCUGAGGAAGUAGAGUUUACUGUGGUCCCUGUCACCGAUCCACCGAGUAUUGAAGGAAGGAAUAAGCCCUGGAACAACCACCUUCAAAAACAGGACAUGCUCUCUGCUCAAAGAAAUCAUGCCAUUAGAAUUAAAAAGCUCCCUAAAGGAACAGUCUCCUUUCACACACAGUCAGAUCAUCGCUUUGUUGGUAUUGUUGAAAAAGAAGCCACAGCUGCAAGUGCUAAAUCCAGCAGUCCGAACAAAGGAAAGGAAAAGGAGGGUGAAGAAGGAAUAAUUUCUUAUGAAGACUGUGGAAUCCGACUUACUGUCUCCUAUCACCUCAAGGAUUUGGAAGGAUCUUCUGCCCCCCAAGCUGGGGAUAAGGUUGAAUUUAGCAUUUGUGAAGCCAAAAGAACUGGCCAACAGAGUGCGGUCUCUAUGAAGGUUCUUGGGCGAAAUUCCAACAGCAAAAGGUUUUAUGGUUAUGUGGCCACUCUAAAAGAUAACUUUGGGUUUAUUGAAACUGCCAAUCAUGAUAAAGAAAUUUUCUUUCACUACAGUGAGUAUGCUGGAGAUGUAGAUAAGCUCGACCUUGCAGAUAUGGUGGAGUACUGCUUGUCCAAAGGCAAGGGGAACAAGGUCUGCGCUGAAAGGGUCACAAAGGUCCAUCAAGUUGACGGAUCCGGUGAUGAUGUGAAUCCAGCUGUGUUCUGGGGCAAAGUUGUACGGCCCCUGCGGAGUGUGGACCCUACACAAACUGAGUACCAGGGAAUGAUUGAGCUUCUAGAAGAAGUUGCUGACCAGCAGAAAAUAGCUGAGGAAACUCCCACUGAAACUGAGGAAGGCGAAGCAGAAACUGAAGACAGCACAGAAGAUACAAGCAAGCAAGCUAGCAUCAAAGGACGUCUUACCCCUUUUGGCAUCGUGGGAAUGGCGAAUAAAGCAGAUUGUCUACAGAAAGGAGAAACUGUCAAAUUCCAGCUCUGUGUCCUAAGUCAGAAUGGGCAGACAAUGGCUUGCAACAUUGAGCCACUUCGUAGGGGUACUGUUGAGUGUGUGAAAGAUCAGUUUGGCUUCAUUAACUAUGAAAUUGGUGACAGCAAGAAGCUUUUCUUCCACGUGAAGGAAAUCCAAGAUGGAAUUGAGCUGCAGGCUGGGGAUGAGGUGGAAUUCUCAGUUAUUCUUAAUCAGCGAACUGGGAAAUGUAGUGGCUGUAACGUUACAUUAUUAAGCAAAGGCCCUGAAAUGGUAGCAGCCCCACGUCCUGACCGACUGGUGAGUCGGCUAAAAAGCAUAACCUUGGAUGAUUCUAGUGCACCCCGUCUUAUGGUCCUGCGUCAGCCUAGAGGUCCGGAUAACACGAAGGGAUUUGGCACAGAGAGAAAGAUACGUCAAGCUGGUGUCAUCGACUGAAUUAUUUUUUCCCAUCCACAAAAGCACAUUACCUAAUAAAGUAUGAUAAUACCACUGGGGUAUUGUGAAGAGCAACAUCCUCUCUUUGCAGCCUCUGAAUUUGGAGAAUCUUUCUGUAUAACAGUUACAUCUAUUUUUAACACCUUCCAACUUGCGUUUAGCUCGGAAACUCCGGGGAAACCAUUUUUUUUUUUUUUUUAAAUUAUGCACAUUUGCAAGUGAGGAUUAAGUUGAAGCCUUAGUAUAUUUUGUUUCCUUUUUAAAGAAGCUUUGAUUUGAAUUGUGCAUCUUAACACAAACAAUUUGGUUUUUUUUGUUUUGUUUUUUGUUCCCCUUAAUUUCCAACAUAAAAGUGUGACUUAACCCUUAGAAAUUCUGCACUUGACACUGUUUAGCAUAUAUUCUACCUCCCGUUACUGCAAAAAAAUUCUCUCCCUUUUGCAAGAGGACCACAUACUGAUGGUGGAAUAUAUUCUAUUCAGCAAUGCUUUGAAGCGCUCAUUUCUUUCACUGAAUGACAGCCAAAUGCUCGCUUUUUUUAUAUAUCAAAAUCUGAAUAUUUUAUUCAAGUGAAUGAACUGAAGCGGUUUAGCAUCUAAGCAUUUGAUUUGCAUUUUUUUUUUUUUUUGUUGUAACAAUUUUAGAACUGCAGAUAUCCUCAAAGGUGACAUGUGCCAUCAGUGUGAAGUUUAAAAAUCUUUGCAAACGCACAGGGUUUUUUUUUCUUUGCUGCUUUCAUGGGCAGCUUCUUAAUGUUCAUGAAAUGUAAAGGAUAAUGAAAUGUGCCUGAAAAGUUUGUCUUCUUUUUUUUUUUUCAGUUUACAGAAACCACUCGUCAAACCAUUAACUUGUUUAGGCUUUUCAUAGCUAUACUGAUAUUUGCAUCAGCAUUGAUAGACAAUUGUUUUGUUUGUUUUUUUUCUUCCAACCUGCCAUUACCCAGGCAGGCCUAUGGCUAUAACCUUAAAGCCUCCCCUCUCCUUCCCCCCCCAAAAGAUUUUGCUGCCCAUCACAAAUGCUCAAGCCAGGAAGUACAUUUAUUCAAAGUAUUUUAAACCA